AUGAAGCUAGCAAUCCUGUCGAGUGUGCUUGGCUUCGCUCUCGCCACGUCAGAGAGAGUGCGACGCCACGAUGACGGGGGCUUUGGAGGUGGAGGCGGCGGAUUUGGAUACGGAGGUGGUGGUGGCGGUGGUUUUGGAUUUGGCGGAGGGGGCGGGGGUGGAUUUGAAGCCGUUCACGAAGGCGUCAAAGGUAUUUUGGAUAAAGUUCACGACGGAUUCAACCACCUCGCCAGCGGAGGAUUCACCGCCAGUGGAGGAGUAGGUGGCAGUAAUUACGGCGGCGGUUAUAAUGGUGGAUCCGGUGGAUUUGGAGGAACUAAUGAAAAAACUGUGUACACUAAAUCCGAAGAUGGAAAAUCUGGCGGUUUCGCGUUCACGGGCACAUUUGAUGGCAAUAAAGGUGGAUAUGGAGGCGGAGGAGGCUACAGCGGAGGAGGAGGUUAUGCAGGAGGAGGUGGCUACGGAGGAGGAGGCGGUUACGGAGGAGGAUCUGGAUUUAGUGGUGGGAGUGGAGUGGGAACCAGUGUGGGGAAGGGUAGUGGUGCACCCAUAAUUUUAUCCAUAGGCGGAAGUGGGAAAUCUGAUAGUGGAGGUGGAGGUGGAUAUUCUGGAGGUGGAAGCGGUGCUUAUGGGGCUGGAGGUGGUUUUGGAUUAAACGGUGGGACUUCAGGCACCCACACCCUUGGAAAAGUAAAAGAAGUAUAUGUUAUACAGGGCGGUGGCGAAUCCGGUGGCCUUACUGGAAUUCAUGGAAGUCAUAGUGGAGGCGGAGGUGGUGGCUACGGGGGUGGCUUUGGCGGUGGAACCGUAGGUGGUAGUAGCCACGCUACUAAAGUUCUCACCGGCUCUUUAACCUUUGGUGUCGCUGGUGAAGGAUCUGGAAUAGGAAGUAGCGGAGGGAAUGAAAAAUAUUACGGAGGAGGCGGCCAUGGAGGCGGACAGGGUGGUGCAUUCGGAGGUGCCAUCGGCGGUGGUUCUAGCGGUGGAUUAGGAAGUUCUGGGGGCCACGGUGGUAGCGGGGCGAAAAUCCAUAGCCACUCCGGCGGCGGAGGUGGAGGCAUAUUUGGCGGCGGAUUUGGAGGAGGAUUCGGUGGUGGCUCUGGAGGGGGAUUAUUAAGCUCAGGAGGCUUCGGUGGUAGUGGAGGGAAAGCUCAUGGUAGCUCUGGAGGAGGUGGACUAGAAAUUAGUUUUGGAGGUGGAGGCAAGGGAAGCGCUGGUGGUAGCAAUUGUGGAUCAGGAUCUUGUGAACAAAUCAACGCAAGUCAUGGAAGUAGUGGCAACAGCAAUUCUGGGGGAUAUGGAGGUGGUGGCGCUGGCGGUUACGGGGGUGGUGGAGGUGGUGGCUUUGGGGGUGGAGGCUCCGGCGGUUUGGCAUUUGAUAGCAACCAUGGCGGUGGUUGUACCGGCUCUUGUGGAGGAUCGGGGGGUUCAGGAGCAUAUGCCUCCGCUAGUGCCAAAGCAUCAGCAUCCGCCAGCUCUGGCAGCUACGGUAAAUAGCGAUCGUAAAGGGAUGUAAAUUUGAAACAAAUGUCCCAAUCAGCAUGGUUUUAUUUGUAGUUUUAUCAAAGUAAAAUGUACCUGUAAAUAAAUAAUAAUAUAUAAGACUAUGCACUGUAAUAUAUGAAGCUAUAUAAAUCCCGCUGCUCUUGCUAUGAGUUAUCUUUAAAGAGAGGGUUGUGUAUACAGUCAACAACACAUCGAGCUAUAUACUUUUGUUCGAAUAUCGCCUCCAGUACAACGGAACAAGAUCCGUCAAUGUAUAAUACCUUGAUGUGCUGAUGUCAGUACUUCAUCGUGAUCGAAUUUAAAUGUGAUAUCAUAUUUUGUAAAUAUGGUUAAAUUAUAGUUAUUAACAUUAUGUAGAAAAGCAUAUUUGUUUAAACAUAAACAUUCAAAUUUGAUUAAUUCAUACAAUACACCGGAUAUUUAGUGGAAUACUAUUAUAAUUUUUUUUUUUAAUGAAAUUGAUAACACUAGCCGGUGGCUUUUUUUAUGCCUGGUUUUAUUUGAAAACACAAAAUUAGUCCUCUGUUUGUAUGUCUUGUAGUUUUUUUUUUAUUAAUUUAUUUUCAUUUCCUACUAAUAGAGCUUUGUUAGUGGAUCGAGGGUGAUUACACGUUCUUGUAUAUUUCGUAAACUAUUAGUGGAUUUUUUUAUUAGUUAUAAAUUUUUGAUUUAACCAAUGUUAAACUGUCCUAUCAGAUCGAAUGAAUUUUUUGCGUUCGAUCUUUGUAUUAAUAAUUAUAGCAAACUAGUGGAGUAAUUUCACAAAAAAAAAUUAAUAUCUUGGUAGUAAAAAAUCAUGUUAUUCAAUCAAACGAAUAUUACAAUG